ACAAUCAGUUCUCAUCCUUCCUCAAGUCUAAGACUCAAAGUCAAACUUAAAAACAAUUCAAAAAUGAAAUUCGCCGUAGCAUUCUUGUUGAUCGCAUGUGUUGUUGCAUGUGCACUUGCUCAAGAAAGUGGCAACAAGAACAAAAAUGGCGAGAAGGGCAGCAAGCAAGCUGGAAAGAAAGGUCAAAACGAAGGAUCCACUAAUGGUGAAGCUGGAAGUCAUGGUAAAAGUGAAGGAAAGGGUAAAAAUGGACAGCAAGGACAAAGUGGACAACAUGGAAAGGGAGCUGACAACAGUCAAAAAGGCAAACAUGGCAAAGGCAAGGGAGCUAGUGAAGAACCAGCAGAAGCUGAGUCUGCAUAAGUUUAGUAUGGAUUGGGUCGACUUUAGCUGGUCCACAAUAUUGUCUUUAUAUCUUGAGUUCUUGAGCUGAUCAGUAAAUAAAUAAAGUUUUAUAAUAUUUUUGCAUCUUAA